AUGUUUUGCUUGCGAAGUUGGCUUCCCCUCCUAUUUAUCCCCGCCAACGCAUCACCCGCCUUCGUAUUCCUCUUCUUUGUCGGCACUUAUUUCCUGAACCGACCCUGCUUCUACUGCUCGUGCCUUCUCCUCGUACUGUUCCUUACAUCAUGCAAUUGGUCCGAGCGCUGUCUCUUUGAUUUCGGCAGCAACUGGUUCGAGCCACGCUUCACCAACAGCUUCAUCUACCUGCCUGGUACUGAGGGGACAGCUGGCAACAUGACGGCCAUCGAUGAUGUCAACGCGACGAACAUCGAAGUGCUUGCUGAGAUGCUGAACACCACCACCAAAGCGUUUGCCAUGGCGGCCUCGGAGCAGAUCGCCCGGGCCAAGGUUGAAUGGACAGGGCUCGGUCUAGAGUGGCUGCGCAGCCUCCUGGGCCGGCGGGAGUGGCGUAUUGAUUGUCUGGACCUCUACAUCCGCCUAUAA